AUGAUAAGCACAGCACCCAAGAAAAUUCUACUCGAUAUCGCAAAAUUUUUUGAUGAUGAGCGUGCUGCUGGGCAUAUCAGAGGCCCCCUCCAUGGCAUUCCAGUUACUGUGAAGGACAACAUUUGUACUGAUGUGUCUCUGGGAAUGGAUACUACUUGUGGCUCAUAUGCUUUGGUUGGUUCUGUUCCCCAGCAUAAUGCUCCUAUCGUCGAUCACAUUUUGAAAGCGGGUAUGAUUGUUAUAGGAAAGGCAAACUUAUUGGCUCCAGCAGGAUCAUCAUCGGGAAGUGCUUCUGGUGUUGCAGCCGGCUUUGCACCACUAGCAAUCGCAACCGAGACAGAUGGAUCGAUCACGCAGCCUGCGAACCGUGCAGCACUAUUCGGUAUAAAGGUAACCGUGGGUCGUGCAUCAACCGAAGGUACAGCUCCUUGGUCUGCAUUAACAGACAGUGUCGGUGGUCAAACUGUUGGCUUUGUGGAUGAUAUAUUCUGGGGGUUCUCUGAAUUUGUUUGCAUCCCAGAUCCUGUGCUCAUUACCCAACAACGCGAAGCUUACAUGGAUACCAAGAAAAAGCUCAUUGAACACGGAACGACAUUGCAUGAAAAUGUUCCUAUGACUUCUGUGGAUGAGCUUCAACUCGAUGGUGAUGAUGCUCUCGAUCAACUAUGGAACCAUGAUUUUGCGAAAGCGUGGGAGAAGUUCUUGAAGAACUUUCCCAGCAGUUCGAUGAAAAGCAUUGCAGACAUAAUGAAAUUCAACAAGCUAAACGCAAAGUUUGCCCUGCCGGCUGAACAUCCAGGCCAGCAACUGUUGGAAAGUGCAUUGGAAGACAAAAUGUCUGAGGAAAAAUAUGCUGAAGGAGUAUCGCUGAUAAGUGAGUCAGCCAAAACGAAUGGAAUUGAUAAGACAAUACAUCAAUUUGGUCUUGAUGUAGUUAUUGAAUCCAUGGAUGGUCGCAUGCCUACUGUUGCCGCCGCCGCAGGAUAUCCUGUAGGAACUGUUCCCUUAGGCUACUCUCAGACAGAUGGACGUCUAUUUGGGCUUGCUAUUGUUGCUAUGGCUAAUGAAGAGCACAAAAUGUUGCAAUUCAUGACUGCAUGGGAUGAACUAACGCCAUCACGUUUACCCCCUCUCCAACUAAUGAAUUGGAAUUGUCCUAAGUGA